UCUGAUUUUUUACCUAUUGGGAUAUAUAUAUCUGAGAGAUCUUGAGGUUUUUGUUACCCCAUUUAUUUCCAUCGAGAUCUCUCAGCAUGUCUCUCAUCAUGGCUUCUCCUUCUUCUUCUUCUUCCAAGUCUCGCAACUACAGAUUCAAAGUGUUCACGAGCUUCCACGGUCCCGACGUCCGUAAAACAUUUCUCAGUCACUUGCGCGACCAGUUUCAAGGCAACGGGAUAACUAUGUUUGAUGAUGAAAAGAUUAAGAGAGGCAGAGAUCUCUCUCCUUCCCUCAAAAGAGCUAUAAGAGAGUCUAAGAUAUCGAUCGUGAUUCUCUCUAAGAAAUAUGCUUCGUCAGGCUGGUGUUUGGAUGAAUUGGUGGAGAUCUUGAAACGCAAAAACGCUAUGAAGCAGAUCGUGAUGACUGUUUUUUACGGAGUGGAGCCAUCCGAUGUGCGGAAACAGACUGGAGAUUUCGGGAUGGCUUUCAAUAAAACUUGUGCGAAUAAGACGGACAAGGAAAGAAAGGAAUGGAGAAAAGCUUUGACUGAUGUGAGCAACAUUGCUGGAGAAGACUUCAAGAAAUGGGAUAAUGAAGCGAACAUGAUCAAGAAGAUUGCAAGGGAUGUUUCAGAUAAACUUAACGAUACACCAUCAAAAGAUUUUGAAGACAUGGUGGGACUCGAAGUCCACUUGAAGAAAAUCCAGUCCUUGUUACGUUUAGAUUAUAAGGAUGAAGCUAUGAUAGUUGGAAUCUCUGGUCCUGCAGGCAUUGGUAAAACUACCAUUGCUAGAGCUUUGAUGAGCCUACUCUCUGAUAGGUUUCAGCUUACAUGUUUUAUGAACCUCAGUGGAAGCAAUCAUAGUGGUCUUCACGAUUAUGGCCUGCAGCUGCGAUUACAAGAACAACUUCUUUCAGAGGUUUUGAAUCAAGAUGGUAUAAGGAUACGUAAUUUAGGAGAGUUACAAAAAAGGCUAAGCGACCUGAGAGUGCUAAUCAUUCUUGAUGAUGUGAAUGAUGUAAAGCAAUUGGAGGUUUUAGCAAAUAAAACCACUUGGUUUGGUCAUGGAAGUAGGAUUGUAGUAAUCACAGAAAACAAAGAUCUUUUGCAGCAACGUGGCAUCAACAAUACGUACCAUGUGGGAUUCCCAUCUAGCAAAGAAGUUCUUGAGAUCUUAUGUAAAUCUGCUUUUAAACAAAGCUCUCCACCUCAUGGUUUUGUGGAGCUUGCAGAAAGCAUCAGACACCUAUGUGGCAACCUCCCAUUGGGACUAUGUGUGAUGGGUUCAUCUUUAUUUGGGAAGAAGCAGGACGAGUGGGAAUGUGUAAUGCGGAGGCUAGAAACUAACUCUUGGCGAGAACUCGAUGACGUAUUAAGAGUCAGCUACGAUAGGUUACAUGAAAAUGAUCAAAUUCUAUUUCUCCACAUUGCAGUUUUCUUCAACUACAAAGAUUGUGAUCUUGUGGAAGCCAUGGUCGCUGAUGAUCGUAACUUGGACAUCAAAUACUGGUUGAAAAUCCUAGUUAACAAAUCUCUUAUAGAGAUAAAUCCCACUGGGGAAAUAGUGAUGCACAAGUUACUACAACAAGUGGCUAGACAAGCCAUUCAUAGACAGGAGCCUUGGAAACGACAAAUAUUAAUAAAUGCUGAUGAGAUUUGCGAUGUCCUUCGAUAUGAGAAUGGUACUAGUAAUGUGUCUGGCAUAUCAUUUGAUACAUCAGGAAUCAGUGAAGUGUCUAUAAGUGUUGGCGCUUUUAAAAGACUGCCCAAUCUACAAUUCCUGAGAGUAUAUAAAAGUAGAAGUGAUGGGAAUUAUAGAAUGCAUAUACCAGAGGAGAUGGAGUUUCCGCGUCGUCUAAGGUUACUACAAUGGGAGGCAUACCCAAGCAAGAGUCUUCCUCCUACAUUUCACCCUGAAUAUCUUGUCGAACUCAAAAUGCGGGAAAGCCAGCUCGAGCACCUCUGGUGUGGAACCCAGGUUGGUGUUGUGCUAUAUAAAUAAAUGAAUAUAUCAAGUUAUAUGAU